CGAGCAAUUGCAACAAAGAUCAGAAUGGCAGUAGCAGCUUAUGCCUCUCUACUUUCUCUUUCGCAUGUCUUGGAGAAUAUCCUGCUUCCUGCUCGCCGGACUCGCCUUCAUCUUGACUCGAACCAACUUCAAACCCUGCACCAAAAAGUUCAGUUCUUGCUGGAAUUUCUUGAAGUUGAUUCUGGGAGAAUAAGCCUAGAAAUGGAAGAUCUGGCAAGACAGAUCGCUAUUCUUGCUGAUGAAGCAGAAGAUAUCAUUGACUUACAUGUCGUAUAUCAACUUGGUGAGGGAUCUCGGGAUAAAAGUCAGGAUAUGGCCGCCCUCUCAUCUUUCUAUCAAGAUAUACACAAAGUAAUCCAAAAGAUUGACUCCAUCAUGAACGAGUUGGGGAUGAUCCAAGAGGACUGCACCCAUGUCUCAAAACAACAACCGGCCGUAUCAGUGCCUGAUAGUUCAUCCACAGCAUUUACUUCCAGUGGCAAGAGUAGUACCAGGGUCGGAUUUGAUGAGCACUUGGUUCGAGUCAUGGACGAGCUCACUAGAAAUGAACCUGAUCUCCAAAUCAUCCCAAUAAUUGGGAUGGGAGGUAUUGUAUCUCAAGAAUAUAGUGCUCGGGAAAUCCUUGCGCGCCUUCAUAAUGGUGGAAAAAACCAAGAAAGUAGUGAAACUUUGGCUGAAUUAGGACAAAGAUUGCAUCAAAGUUUAUUUGGUAGAAGAUAUUUGAUUGUCAUGGAUGAUAUGUGGAGUAUCAAUGCUUGGGAUGAUUUGAGGUUGUUUUUUCCAAAUAAUAGGAACGGAAGUCGAAUACUGGUGACCACUAGGAUUUCAAAUGUCGCAAUUUCUUUAGGUUCUCACAACCCUUAUGUGAUGGAUUGUAGCACCCCCUUCGCUACAAUGACUAUAUCUACCCUAAACGUCAUACUUAUAGUAAUCCCUGUGUUCAUAUAUAUACAUUUGCAAAUAAUCAUCUAAUCAAUUUGCAUACGU